AUGACUUUGCGCAAACUAAUUCUGCGGUUGGGAGCUUUGAUGGUGCUUGCAGUUCGCAUCUGUUCGGUCAAUUCCGUCGAGCUCAAUUACAAGCUGGUCGCAUCGGGCUGUGAGGCCCGGUGUCGUAACAUGUUCCCACGCCAGGUGCCUAAGGAUAAGGCAGCUUCACCGUACGACGGCGUUACCUUUGGUGACUUCGAUGACAUCAAACUGUUCUCCUGUCUGGAGGCGUGCCGCAUGGCGCUGACAGCGUACCCGAAGGACGACGACGAGAUACGUCGCAACGACGAGAUUUCCAAGAAUCGCGGACCUUGA